UUUUUACAACCAAUUAAAAAUGGGCAAACCAACAAGCGUAAAGGAUGUUGAUCAACACGAAAUUGUUGAUGCAAUUUCGACAUUUCUGAAGAAAGGAGGGAAAAUCAAAGUUCCGGAAUGGGCUGAUUUGGUCAAACUUGGCACGAACAAGGAAUUGGCACCAAUCAAUCCUGAUUGGUACUAUGUCCGCGUUGCCAGCAUUGCUCGCCGUCUUUACAUUCGUUCGCCGGCCGGUGUCGGAGCGUUCCGUAAAGUUUAUGGAGGCAAUAAGCGCCGUGGCGUUCGGCCAAACCAUUUUGUUUUGGCAUCUGGCGCUGUUAUACGCAAAUCUCUUCAAUCGUUAGAAGCAAUUAAGUGGGUGGAGAAAGAUGCACGUGGUGGACGAAAAUUGAGCAAACAGAAGGACUUGGACCGCAUUGCAACACAACUCCGCUUUGGGAAUGAAGAAUAA